AUGCCGGUUCGGUGCCAGCAGAGCCCGGUGCUGGCAGGUAGCGCCACCAUGGCCACCCUGGGGGCACUGAUGCUGUACCUCACCAAGCCCUUCAGCUACGGGAAGCACAUGGAGAUCCCGGCGCCCUGGGGUACCUCCUGCCUGCCCGCCCGCACCGCCUGGUUCCUGCAGGAGCUGCCCGCCUUUGUGGUGUCCGCAGGGAUCCUCGCCUGGCAGCCCCGCUCUCUCUUCGGACCGCCAGGGACUUUGCUUCUGGGUCUCUUCUGCGCACAUUACUUUCACAGGACUUUUAUUUAUGCAUUGCUCACCAGAGGGAGACCUUUUCCAGUUGUCUUCCUUUUCAGAGGAAGUAUCUUCUGUGUUGGAAAUGGAUUCCUUCAAGCCUACUAUCUGAUUUACUGUGCAGAAUACCCUGAAGAGUGGUACGCAGAUAUCCGGUUUAGCCUGGGUAUCUUCCUAUUUAUUUUGGGAAUGGGAAUCAACAUUCACAGUGACUAUAUAUUGCGCCAACUCAGGAAGCCUGGAGAAAUCACCUACAGGAUUCCACAAGGUGGUUUGUUUACAUAUGUUUCUGGAGCCAAUUACCUUGGCGAGAUCAUUGAAUGGAUCGGCUAUGCCUUGGCCACGUGGUCCCCUCCAGGACUUGCGUUUGCCUUUUUCUCACUUUGUUACCUUGGCCAGCGAGCUUCUCAUCACCACAGGUUCUACCUCAAGAUGUUUGAGGACUAUCCCAAGUCUCGGAAAGCCCUUAUUCCAUUCAUCUUUUAAAGAAACCAAAUAAAAAAAGGAGCAAAGCUACCAUAAUACCAAGAUGCUGACUCUCAAGAUGUUGAAACUAUAAUUUGUAAAGUUUCAUUAUAUAAGUAUGUAUGUAUAAAAUGUGGUAGUUAUCCUUCUGCCAACUGGCUUGGGGACUCUGCGUGAUGCAGAAUCUAUCCUGAUCUCCUAUUGGAGUUUCAUUUUCCAAGUGGAGACAUUUUCUUCUUAGCUAUGCCUCCUAGAAAGUGUAGAGCUUCCUUUUUUUUUUUACUGGCUAAUCCCAGUACCUGUUGCUUUUUCCUUCUCUGUAUCAAUGCAGGACAAUUCUGUAGCCAAGAGUUUUUGGGGUGAGGGCAGUGCUUAUAGAAUUUAUGAACGGCAUACAUUUUAAACCUAUGCAGAGUAGCAGAGGAUUAAAUUCCAAAGCCACACAUGCUCAGAGCACACCUACUCCUCAAUGAAAACCUAGUCACAUCUCCCUUUUCCUUAGUUAAUUAGGAAAGAUGUGAAAAGGCAGAGUCAUAUCUGCCUCCUUACAUUGCCAAAAAUAUACUGACACAUUGACCCAAAUUCAAAUUUGUACAGUGUCUUAAUCAAGGGGUGCCUCAGUCUUCCAGAAGAUUCCACAGUCCCCAUUAGAGAUAUCAACCUAACCCAGAAAACUAGUGUGACCUUCUUGAAGGUCAGCUGCAUUGUUUUGUUUUUGCUUCAUGUUUCUGGGGAUCAAACCCAGGGCCUCAUGCAUGCUAGCAAGUGCUCUACUAACGAGCUAUAUCCCCAGCCUGAAGUUCAGAUUUUAGAGACAAAGAAAAGAAUAUGACCCCAAAUGGCUACUGAGAGAGUAAAGAAGUGCUUUGCAAUAUACAUCACAAACUCUCAUGUUCUUGGAAACAAAUGAGAAUAACCAAUAAGGGAAAUUCACGAGUAAGAUCCUGUGGUGUUUGUCCUGAUGAGAUCUACAAAGGUAGGAAAGACAACAACAGAUCCCGAGCAGCUUUCCUUUUCUGGAAUUUCAACCUCACAGUGCUCAAUGCCUGUCAAGAAGAUGUGCCCCAGGGGUGGCUUGAACUUCAGCCUUCAUGGUUCCAAGGACAGAAGAUGAGAACGGCAGACAGAAACAACUGGGCAGAAGAUCUAUUUCAUCAUGUUUACAGUUUCACACCUAGUUUUUUUUUUUCCUUAAAUUUAAAAUUUCUAAAAUUUAAAACUUAGGAAGUUCUGCAUAAAACUCUGCCAUUCUAGUUCCCUUCAGCAACUCCAAGGAUCUAGGCUCACAGCCUGCAUUCCUACAUGAGAACUUGGGACUGAGUAGCAGAUAUGCAUUUGAAUCUGCAGCGUCUUGUGAGGGCAUGGCCGUGCUGGACUCAAAGGAAAGGGCUGAGCACUCAGAAUCUGAAUAUGUGCACAUGUUUGUCUCCUAGGCCUGAUUUGUGGUAAGCAUUGGCACUACUCAACAAACCGUUCGAGAAUGGACCACCAGUUUUAUCAGAUGUGGUGCUAACAUACAGAAACUGACUGUGUAAGACACAUAGAGAACUUGAAAGAGAUGGGGAUAGAGUAGGUAACUGAAAAAUACAAAUUGUAGUGAUAUAAAUACGUGUUUUCCUGUUCAUUAAAUGCCUCUCAAGUCACAGAUGUUAAGUAAAUUUGUUUGAAUUAAA